UCAUUUUUUUUUUUUCCACAAUGGCCGUCCAAAAGUCUUAAGUUUUUGUUUUCUUUUCAUUCCUAUAAACCUUCCCUUUAAAUCCCAUACACACUUCUGCACAUACCCAAUUGAGCAAUCUCUCUCUCUCUCUCUCUCUCAACAUGGACAAGUUAGCUCCUUUGAUCCCAGAAAGCCCAAAACUUGAGCAAUCCAACCAGAAUCCCCACAAAACCCAUCUAUCUUUGGCUCUCACAGAAGCCAAAUGCAUAGCCAACAUAGCUUUCCCAAUGGUAUUGACGGGUCUAUUACUCUACUCUCGCUCAAUGAUCUCCAUGCUCUUCCUAGGCCACCUCGGCGAGCUUUCAUUGGCUGGUGGCUCGCUUGCCAUAGGAUUUGCCAACAUCACAGGUUAUUCUGUUCUCUCUGGCCUUGCCAUGGGGAUGGAACCCAUUUGCGGCCAAGCUUACGGAGCCAAAAAAUUCAAACUUUUAGGCCUGACCCUGCAGAGAACAGUUAUUCUUCUUCUCUUAACUUCAAUCCCAAUUGCAUUUCUGUGGUUCAACAUGAAAACGAUUUUGCUUUUUUGUGGCCAACAAGAUGAGAUUGCAACUGAGGCUCAUUCUUACAUUCUUUACUCUCUUCCUGACCUCAUUGCUCAAAGCCUUUUGCACCCUUUGCGAAUUUAUCUCCGAACUCAAUCCAUAACCAUGCCUCUCACAUUCUGUGCAGCUUUGGCUAUUCUUCUUCACAUUCCCAUCAAUUACCUUCUUGUUCAUGUUCUCAAUCUUGGGAUCAAAGGCGUGGCACUAAGCGGGGUUUGGACUAAUGUCAACCUCGUUGGAUCAUUGAUAGCUUACAUUGCAAUCUCUGGUGUGUACAAGAGAACAUGGGGUGGUUUUUCCAAAGAGUGCUUCGCAGGGUGGAAAAAUCUAAUGAAUUUGGCCAUUCCAAGUUGCAUAUCGGUUUGUUUAGAAUGGUGGUGGUAUGAGAUCAUGAUUUUGCUAUGUGGUUUGUUGCUUAACCCUCAAGCAACUGUUGCUUCAAUGGGAAUUCUGAUCCAAACCACAGCUUUGAUAUACAUUUUCCCAUCUUCCUUAAGCUUUGGUGUGUCAACAAGGGUGGGAAAUGAGCUUGGUGCUAACCGCCCCGAAAGAGCAAGACUUGCAACAAUUGUAGGCCUAUCUUAUAGCUUCAUAUUGGGAUUUUCAGCAUUGUUGUUUGCUGUGACUGUGAGGAACAUUUGGGCCAGCAUGUUCACCAAAGACUCGGAGAUUAUUGCAUUGACAUCAAUGGUGUUGCCAAUUAUCGGCCUAUGCGAGCUCGGAAACUGCCCACAAACUACAGGUUGUGGUGUUUUGAGGGGAACUGCUAGGCCAAAAUUGGGAGCAAACAUAAAUUUGGGUUGCUUUUAUCUUGUGGGAAUGCCUGUUGCUGUGUGGUUGAGUUUAUAUGAACAGUUUGAUUUUAGAGGACUUUGGCUUGGUCUUCUGGCAGCCCAAGGCUCAUGUGUUUUGACCAUGUUGUUUGCUUUGUUUAGAACCAAUUGGGAUCUUCAAGCCCAGAGAGCCAAGGAGCUCACAGGAACUUUUACCAUUGAUGAUGAUGAUUUUCAAGAUUUUGAUAAAGCUAGUGAAUCUUUGAGUUCAUUUGAUAACACAGAAGAAUGCAACAAUUUACCACUGGUGUGACUGUAAGCAUUGACCAAUUGUUAUGGGAAAUUUAAUACAAUUUUGUUUC